AGUGUGGGUCUGGCAUUGGUGGAGAACGGGUCGGCGGUGGAGGGAGAGAGAGAGAGAGAGAGAAAAAAAGAGAGACAGAGAGAAAGAGAGUGAGAAAAAAGAGAGUGAAAGAAAAUAAAGAGAGAUACAGAAGAGGAAACGAGAUAAUUGAAUAAAAGAGAUAAAUAAAGAUAGAAAAGAAAGAAAAUAGAGAAAGAAAGAGAGAUAGUGAAUAAAGGAAUAAGGAAAACAGUGAAAAAUAAUGAAAAUAAAGAUAAUGAUGGUGAAAGACAGUGAAAUAGUGAGAUAGAGAGAGAGAGAGAGAGAGAGAGAGAGAGAGAGAGAGAGAGAGAGAGAGAGAGAGAGAGAGAGAGAGAGAGGAAGAAAACUAAAAAAAAACGUAUUAAGAAGAAGAAGAAGAAGAAGAAGAAGAAGAAGAAGAAGAAGAAGAUAAUACGAAUAAAUUAAGAAGAAAACGAAUAUUAAAGAGAAGAAUAAGAGAAAAUAAGGAAAAAUAAGACAGACAGACAGACAGACAGACAGACAGACAGACAGACAGACAAGAUAAACGAUUAAAACACAAUAACGAGAGAGAGAGAGAGAGAGAGAGAGAGAGAGAGAGAGAGAGAGAGAGAGAGAGAGAGAGAGAGAGAGAGAGAGAGAGAGAGAGAGAGAAACAAAAAAAAAAAUUCACCUAACCGGAUUCGAACCGAUGCGCAGAAAAUAAAAAAUAAAAAAAAUAUUCUCACUAAAAAAAAAAUUAAAAACCGCCAAAAAUACCCAAAAAAACCCUAGAAUUUGGGGUUUUUCGAGUUUGGGCGGAGGUGAGAGAUGAGUGCGACCGAGAUGGGCACCCCUGGAACGCCACUGGGCUCCCCUACACAGCCCAUAACCCAUCAUUUCCAUACCACCCCGGACCACGCCUCCGUAGCUCUGCAAGCGAUGAACAAACUUCGAGCGAAUUCUCAGUUGUGUGACAUCGAACUGGUGGCGGGAGCAGCUUCUGUUUUCGCCCACCGUGUUGUGUUGGCUGCUGCCUCCGCUUACUUCCACGUCAUGUUUAACUGUAAGUGACUUGGUGGAAAAAAACAAGAAAAGGUGACCCUGAAAGACCUUGAUUCCCUCGCCCUGCAGCUUCUGGUGGAAUAUUCCUACACAGGGGACAUCAUCAUCACCGAGGAUAAUGUACAGGUGCUUCUCCCCGCCUCCAGCCUUCUACAGAUGAGCAGCGUGCGAGAGGCCUGCUGUAAGUUUCUGAUGAGGCAGCUUCAUCCCUCAAACUGCCUUGGAAUAAGAAGUUUUGCAGACGCGCACAGCUGCGGUGAACUGCACACUCGCUCUCAUAAGUUUGCGCUACAGAAUUUUCCAGAGGUGUGUGGCACAGAAGAAUUCCUACUGCUUCCUUAUAAACAGGUGGAGGAGCUGAUUUCGUCACCUCACCUGAACGUGCCCUGUGAAGAGAAGGUGUUUACAGCGGUGAUAUCUUGGGUGAAGCACGACCUGCCAGCCAGACAGAAGCACGUGCCGGAGCUUUUAAAAUACGUGCGCCUCCCUCUCCUCUCCCGUGACUUCCUGACAUCCAAUGUGGACGCGGAGCCUUUGGUGAGAGAGAACGCCUCCUGUCACCACCUGCUGCUGGAGGCGCUGAAGUAUCACCUCCUACCUGAGCAAAGGGCGGUGCUGGCCUCCCCUCGGACACAAGAGAGGCAGCCUGAUGGAGUGAAGCCCUAUCUGUUUGCAUGUGGUGGAGGCAGCCUGUUCGCGAUCCACAGUGAGGUGGAGUGCUACAACCCACGUACGGACAGGUGGAUGCCUGUUGCCUCCAUGAACUACCGCAGGUCCCGCGCAGGUGUCACAUCCUUGGGGCGCUACCUGUACGUGAUGGGGGGCUACGAUGGGGCGUGUGACCUGUGCUCUGCUGAAAUGUACAAUCCUGCAAUAAAUAAGUGGAUGAACAUUACUGCAAUGGGCACCAAACGAUCGUGUCUCGGGGUGUGUGCUAAUAAUGGACUUAUCUACUGUGUUGGAGGUUACGACGGCGCCUCCUGUCUGAACAGUGUGGAGAGAUACGACCCCCUUACUGGGACCUGGACCUCCUGCCCCGCCAUGGCCACCAGGAGGAGAUACUGCAGGGUGGCUCUUCUUGACUCCUGCAUCUACGCAUUAGGUGGAUUUGACUCAACUAACUAUCAAUGCACGGUGGAACGUCUAGACCCCCGUGUUGGUAAGUGGAUGUCUGUACCACCAAUGAUGAGCCGCCGGAGCAGCUGUGGGACCUCUGUGGUGGGCGGUAUGCUGUACUGCGUGGGCGGCAACGAUGGAACUAUGUGCAUGUCCUCAGUGGAACGAUAUAAUCCCAGGAGAAACACGUGGGAGCCCAUUACUGCUAUGAAUUCAAGGAGGUCCACACACGAGGUAGUGGAGAUAGAUGGACUCCUUUACGCCCUGGGAGGCAAUGAUGGGUCGUCUUCUUUAAAUUCUAUGGAGAGAUAUGAUGGGAAGCAAAACAAAUGGGUUCUUGUCACCUCCAUGCUGUCUAGAAGGUCCUCGGUGGGCGCCGCAGUGGUGGACUGCCUGCAGCUGGAGAAGGGACUGACUAAGACUACCUGACAGGUGGAGCGGUUCCCAUCACUUAUGUCCUAAUGGGGGAGUCCUUUAGCCCUUCACCCUGCCCAGCCCUGCCCAGCCCUGCCCAGCCCUUCACUUCGUUGCCCCGCCCCUCAGAACUAUAGUAUUCCUUCACCCAUUUCUUCAGCCCUUCACCCAAACUCUCAUCUAGACUGUUACCCCUUCACCAAGCCCCUCUCCCCUUCAUCUAGUCUGUCACCCAUUUCUCUCACCCCUUCACUCCUUCCCCACCCAUCACUUCUUUGUUUGUCCCUCUCAGUUCUUCGUCCAGCUCGUCACCCCUUCCCCCAGCCCAUCACCUGCCCUUCAGUCUUUUAUUUCACCAUUUAUUUAGUUCUUCAUUCCUUCAUCUUCUUGUCCACCUCCCCAUCACUUCCCCAUCACUUCCCCCAUUACUUUCAGAGAUGUAUCUAUUUUGUGUCCCCUUUUAUCUAGUCUUCCCAUUCCUUCCCCAUCACUUCCCAUCACCUUCACUCAAAUAUGACAUUUUUUAUUUAUUUUAUUUUUUUUUAGAAUAUUUUAACCUCCUCCUCUUCCUCCUCCUCCUCCUCCUCCUCCUCCUCCUAAGGGCAACUAGAUAAAUGUUUCUUAUAUAUGUAUGUCUGUCUGUCAGUCUUGUACGUGUGUGUGUGUGUGUGUGUGUGCGUGUGUGUGUGCGUGCGUGUGUGUGUGCGUGUGUGUGUUACCUGUUACCUGGUCAGCCUUGUAAGUCAGUACCUGUGAACCGCCUUGUCUGCCCCCUCCUGCCCCCCCCUCUCCACCCCGGUGCUCCCCCCCCCCCCAAGUCCACCUCCACCUCCUCCUCCUCCCCCCCUUUAGUAAUUUUUCUUAGGAUUUGAUACGGACUUUUGUUUGUGGUUCCUUUAAGUUCUUUGUUGUUGGUGUUGUUGUUGUUGUUGUUGUUGUUUUGGUUAUUUUAAAGGGUAUUGCGUGUAUUUGUUUGUUUGUUUGUUUGUUUGUUUGUUAUUGUUCGGGAUGGUUCAUUUAUAUCGUCGUUCCUUUAAGGGUUUUGUACAGUAUUUCGUGUCUAGUCAUUCCUUUAACUUUAGCUAACUUAUUUAUUUAUUAUUUCAAGUUUAAGUUUAAGGGAUAACACUUAGUUCACUCGGUCAUUCCUUUAAGCUAUUUGUCACUCCUGUCUAGUCGUUCCUUUAAGUCUAGUCAUUCCUUUAAGUUUAAGAUAGAUCAAUAUAUUUUUUUUGCGUGUUUUUUUUAAAGCAACAAAGUCAUUCCUUUAAGUAAAAAAUAGAUUACUUUAUUUAUUUAUUCAUUCUUUAUAGGAGAAACACAUGAUUAUGGUCAUACAUACAGACAGACACACAAACACACAUACAUACACACAUACACACACGAAGCUAAAAAAAAAUUGCAUUACUACUAUUAUUAUCAUCAUUAUUAUUAUAUGGAAACACACACACACACACACACACACACACACACACACACACACACACCCGUACACACAGCCCGGGACCAAAAAACAGUCAUACAAAAAGCGUUGCCUUGAAAAUAAAUACUUGGGCUACUAUUUGGGCUAUUUGCGGCUACAUUGGGGGUAUUUGUGACUCCUGUUGGGCUAGUUUUUGGUGGCUAUCCUUGGGCUACUUUUUGGGCUAGUUUUUGGGCUACUAUUUGGGCUGUUUGUGGCUACGUUGGGGGCAUUUGAGACUCCUGUUGGGCUAGUUUUUCGGUGGCUAUCCUUGGGCUACUUUUUUUGGGCUAGCUUUUGGGCUACUCUGAGAGGCUGUGUGGGAGACUAUGAUAAACUUUAUAAUUGUUCAUUUAUUUGUUUAUUUAAUGAUUUACAGGAAGGAAAACGUACUUAGAGAGAGAGAGAGAGAGAGAGAGAGAGAGAGAGAGAGAGAGAGAGAGAGAGAGAGAGAGAGAGAGAGAGAGAGAGAGAGAGAGAGAGUCAGUCAGUCAGUCAGUGGCGGUGUUACCAUAUCAGUGUCCACACCUCUCCCUCCCCACACCUGUUCCUCCCCAUACCUGCCCCUUCCCACACCUGCCACACACCUGAUGACAGUUCCACAGAGAGACAGAAUGCACAUGUAUGUUAUUAUGCAUAUUACACCUAUGUAUAACUUAUUAUAGUGAAGUAAACAGUGAUUUCCACGUAUAAUUAGCAAAGAUUUAUGUAUAUGUAUUAAAUUAUGUAUUACGUAUUAUUAUUGGUAAUAGAAGAUUUGUAUAUAUGUAGAAAGAGGACAUAUUUAUUCUAGAUAUGCAUAUGUGUUCAUUGUAUGUGUGUAUGUACGUAUGUGUGUAUGUAGGGUUUAAAUAUGAGUUUUUUUUUUUGUAUAUCACUAAGGUUUAACAGAAUAAUUAUCAUUUUUUUAUUAUUUAUUUAUUUAUUUAUUUAUUUAUUUAUUUUCUUACUGUAUUCUCUCUCUCUCUCUCUCUCUCUCUCUCUCUCUCUCUCUCUCUCUCUCUCUCUCUCUCUCUCUUCUUCUUCUUCAUUCAACCUAAACUCUUAGGAAAAUACUUUAGAGAAAAUGAAAAAUCUUGAAAGGAAAACGAAAACAGAAAAUGAAGUCUAUAUUUUUUUUUCAAGGGGGCACUGAAAGAAAAAUAACUAUUGUAUUAUUUAAUUUUAUAGGAAGGAGACAAGAGAGAGCUGAGGGAAGAAGAAGAAGAAGAGGAGGAGGAGGAGGAGGAGGAGGAGGAGGAGGAGGAGGAGGAGGAGGAGGAGGAGGAGGAAGAAGAAUAAAAGACAGGAAUAGGAAAGAAAGAGGAGGAAGAGGAAGAGGAAGAGGAAGAGGAGGAGGAGGAGAAACACUGCAGCACAAUCACAUCACUGCCACUAUAGCUAGAGAACUGUUAGGGUGAAGAGAACACCAUACCCUCACCCUGGUCACCCUAAGCAACACCCCUACAUCCUACCAUACCCAGCUGUCACCCUGCCAAACUUCCUCACCCUAUCAACACCCUUAGAUCACCCUGGUCACCCUAAGCAACACCCCUACACCCUACCAUACCCAGCUGUCACCCUGCCAAACUUCCUCACCUUGUCAACACCCUUAGAUUAUCGUGACACCCUAAACACCCUUCUUUUAUCCUAUUUCACCCUAUUUAAGUCCUUUUUGUCCUUUUUCUUCACCCUUUUCACCUUAACUCACCCUAAAAAAUCCUUCUUUGAUUUCAUUUCACCCUAGAUCACUCUAUUAUCAUCCUCAUUGCUUUAAUUCACCCUAAAAACAUUACUUUAUCUUAUCUCACCCUAAUUACUUCAUUAUCACCCAAUUUUUUUGCAAUUAGAUCACCCUAAACACCUUUCCUUUAUCUUAUCCCACCCUAGUUAAGUCUAUCUCAUCCUCUGUACACCCUAACCAACACCUUAGUCACCCUAGCAACACCCUAACUUUAAUAACACCCUAUUUUUCACCGUUCUAGACUGCCUCACCCUAUCCCACACCCUUAAUCACCCUGGAAACACCCUAAACUUUACUGACACCCUAGUUUUUCAACCUAAUUAUCCUGCUAUCACCCUGGGCCACACCCUGACAACACCUCACCCUUUUCUACACCCUAACAAAGACAAACAGACACACUGCCAUAUAUUUAGGGUGAGAGAGAAGCACUGCAAAUGAUGAUGAUGAUGAUGAUGAUGGUGAUGAUGGUGAUGAUGGUGAUGGUGAGUGAAUGGUGAUAUUAUUGCAUUUUAAAAUAGUGAUUGAUUUUUUCUUCUUUUCUUUCUCUCUUUCUCUCUCUCUUAUAUCAAAAUGAAAAAAAGUAGUUAUUUUCAUGAUAGGUUAUAGUCAGGUUAGGUUAGGUUAAGUUAGGUCAGGUCAGGUCAGGUCAGGUCAGGUCUGGUUAGGUUAGGUCAGGUUAGGUUAGGUCAGGUUUGGUUAGGUCUUGGUUAGGUUAGGUUAAGUUAGGUCAGGUUAGGUUAGGUUAGGUUAAGUCAGGUUAGGUUAGGUUAAGUUAGGUCAGGUUAGGUUAGGUUAGGUCAGGUUAGGUUAGGAUAUGUUAGGCUAGGCUAGGUUAGGUUAGGUUAGGUUAGGUUAGGUCAGGAUAAGUUAGGCUAGGUUAGGUCACAAUAGGUUAGGUUAGGAUAUAUUAGGCUAGGUUAGGUGAGAAUAGGUUAGGUUAGGUUAGGAUAUGUUAGGCUAGGUUAGGUCACAAUAGGUUAGGUUAGGUUAGGUUAGGUCAGGAUAUGUCAGAUUAGGAUAGACUAGAAAAAAGUUAAACUAGAAUUACACUAUGAACAGAAGAGAGAGAGAGAGAGAGAGAGAGAGAGAGAGAGAGAGAGAGAGAGAGAGAGAGAGAGAGAGAGAGAGAGAGAGAGAGAGAAAG